AUGGUCAAGGAAGACGCUAUUACUUCGGGCGCCCCUGGUGAUGCUGCCGCGGGUGAUGCUGUCGACUCCUCUGCUCUCGAGCCCGAGCAAUUCCGCAAGCUCUUCGUCGGUGGCCUGCCGGUCAGCACGACCGCGGUGGCGCUAAGGGAAUACUACGGACAAUGGGGCAACAUCGUCGACGCCGUGGUGAUGCAAGACCGGAACUCGGGCCGUUCCCGCGGUUUCGGCUUCGUCGCGUUCGAGAAGAGCGAAGAUGUCGACAAGGCGAUGAACGCGCGGCCGCACGAAAUCGAGGGCAAGACCAUCGACCCGAAGCGCGCCGUUCCCCGAGACGAAUCGCACAGAGGUCAAAAACUCCCCUCCACCAACCGGCUGUACGUGAGCGGCAUCCGCGAGGGCCACACGGAAGAGAUGAUCAAGGAGUAUUUUAGCGAGUUUGGGCAGGUGGAGAAGGUCGAGAUCCUGAUGGACAAGGCGACGAACAAGCCGCGCGGAUUCGGCUUCGUCAACUUUGACGACUACGACGCGGUCGACCGGUGCGUGCUGAAGAAGUCGCACAUGAUCAACGGCUUCCGCUGCGACUGCAAGAAGGGUCUCAGCAAGGACGAGCUGGCCGGGGUCGGUGGCCAGCAGGGUCGAGACCGCGCCGGACGUGGUGACCGCUUCGGGGGCCCGCCCGGCGGCCCACGUGGUUACGACGAUCGCGGAUACGGGCGCCCAGCACCAUGGGACGGACCACGCGGAGGCGGCUGGGGACCUGGCGGCGGCUACGGAGGAGGAUACGGCGCACCGGGAGGCUACGACGGCGGAUAUGGCGGCGGCUACGGCGGAUACGACGACCCGUACGCUGGUGCCGGUGGCGGCUGGGCCCCACCACCGCCCGCAGCCGGCCGUGGAGGCGGAGCAGCUGGAGCCGGAGGUCGUUGGCCCGCGGCCGGCGGCUAUGGAGCCCCAGGAUACGGCGGAGCACCCGGCGGCGGCUACGGCGCGGCGGGCGGACAGGGCGGCUAUGGCGGCGGGCGCGGAGGCGGCGCGGCUGGAGCGGGAGGUGCCGGCGCCUCAUGGCAG